CAUGGAAAUGACGUCAUCAAUGCUCGACCAAACAUAGCUAAGGCGCGAGGAAGAAGAGGUGUUCAAAAGUCUUGUGAAGAUCUUAUUGAUGGAUAACAUAAACGGAACAGUCAUUAUGGAUUAGCUUCGCACUUUUACAACGUGUAUGGGGUGUUGUUGUCAUGACACAGUCCGUUGUGGUCCAAGUUGGACAGUGCGGCAACCAGGCUGGCUGCAGGUUUUGGGAUCUUGCUUUGCGAGAGCAUGCCCACGUCAAUAAAAUAUCAAUCUAGUCGAUCAUCUGUUGGAUGUGCUGGACAAAUAAGUCCAAUCCACUGGAGGCCCCACCUCUUACAGGACUUAAAGGAUCUGUUGCUAACAUCUUGGUGCCGAUACCACAGCAAACCUUCAGGGGGCUAGUGGAGUCAAUGCCUCGAUGGAGGGGAUUGUACGAUGAAGCCCUCAAUAGCUUUUUCCGAAAUGUGGAUUCCAGGAAAAGUGACGGGGCUGAAUUUGCUGUUGGUGGGAGAAUCCAACACCUGAAGGCCAGGGCGGUCCUGGUGGACAUGGAAGAGGGUGUGGUCAACCAGAUCCUGCAGGGCCCGUUAAGAGAAGUGUUUGAUAGCACGCAACUACUCACAGACGUGUCAGGUUCAGGCAACAACUGGGCAGUUGGAAACAUGACGUACGGCUCUGCCUACAGGGAGAAGAUAGUGGAUAAGCUCAGGAAGGCAGCAGAGCAAUGUGACUGUCUGCAGUGCUUCUUUCUCAUUCACUCUAUGGGAGGAGGUACUGGCUCUGGCCUGGGAACCAGAGUGCUCAGCUUGCUGGAGGAGGAGUUCCCUGAGGUGUGUCGCGUUGUCACCUCCAUCUAUCCAUCUGGGGAAGAUGACGUAAUCACCUCACCAUACAACAGUGUCCUUGCCAUGAACAAGCUCACAGAGCACGCUGAUUGUGUCCUGCUAGUGGAAAACCAGUCAUUGGUUGACAUUGUGAACAAGAUUAAAGUUAUGUCUCAUGGUACAAAGCCUGGUUUAAAUAUCAAGAGAAACAGCGCAGUCACCUCUGGACAGGGAGGCCUCAGUGGGGCAGAAAAACCCUUUGAUGCUAUGAAUAACAUUGUGGCUAACCUGUUGCUCAAUAUUACCAGCUCAGCCCGUUUUGAGGGCUCCCUCAACAUGGAUCUGAAUGAGAUUGCGAUGAACCUGGUGCCCUUUCCUCGUUUACACUACCUGGUGCCCAGUCUCACACCCCUCUACACAUUAGCAGAUAUUAAUGUGCCCACAAGGAGACUGGAUCAGAUGUUCAGCGAUGCCUUCAGUAAAGACCACCAGCUAAUACAAGCUGACCCAAAGCACAGCCUGUACCUGGCUUGUGCCCUCAUGGUCAGGGGUAACGUGCAGGUUUCUGAUGUCCGCAGGAACAUCGAGAGACUGAGACCAUCACUGCCCUUUGUCUCAUGGAACCAGGAAGGCUGGAAGACGAGUCUGUGUUCAGUGCCUCCCGUGGGACACUCCCACUCCCUGUUAGCUCUGGCCAACAACACCUGCGUGAAGCCCACGUUCAUGGAGCUCAGGGAACGCUUUACCAAGCUCUACAGGAAGAAGGCUCACUUACACCACUACCUGCAUGUAGAAGGGAUGGAGCAGAGCUUCUUCUCAGAGGCCAUUGCCUCUCUCAACUCACUGAUUGAAGAAUAUCAUCAUCUGGAUGCCACCAAGGCCAGACUCACGCCUGAUGCACCCAGACUCUCCAUCGCCAGAUGAAGGUCUGCUGUGCUGUGAAUCUGGGAAUCAAACUCACAGAACUGAAGCUUUUACAUAUCAACGUUAUCUAAUUUAUGGCAUGGUCAAAGUGUUCCAAACAGCACUUAAAGAGAACAUCAGUUUAAUCUACUCUAAAGCUUCUAUUUGCUUUUCCAAGCUCCCUGAUUGUUCUGUUAUGAGGUAAUGUUAAAGCUAGUACACUGGCCAUAUUCCUUGUUGUUAGUGCACAUACCUGUCCUGAAGAGUGCUCCAUAAAACUUUGUUUUGUUUUUUUAAUGAUCUGUUGUUCUUCUUUCUCAAAAUUAGUUUUGUUUUUGUCCUUUUGGAGGUGCAAAACUGUUACUAAGGGAGAAUUAAAGUGUAUGUGUGUUUCAGUCCUUAGUUUCUCACAGCGGGGCUUGCACCACUCUGCGUCUCUGACGUUUGGGGUCCUUAGAGUAAACGCAGGUCAGAAAACAUGUCGCCCGGAUCGUUGCACUUCCUCUGACACACACAGGACGUUAUCCACUGCAUCUUCCACUGUGUAUUGGAGCCUCCUUUGCAGGUGAAGUUGACCUUGAUCAUGCGUGACUUGUUGGGGACACAGCAGCGCUUGUCUGUACACACACCGCAGUAUGUGGGCUUAAACUUCUUGUUGCUGGUACAGCCAGAGAGAGUCAACUUCUCUGCUUUCUUUGCCUGGAAUUUGGGUCGGCACGUCUUUCCCUUUGGCACCUAGAAGUGGAAAUAGCAAUUGGUGUCUUUCUUUUUAAGAGUUUGAGAAAAAAAACUUUAAAAAUUAAAUGAAAAUAUUAAAGAUUCAGACAGAUUAAAGCUAAAGAUGCCACCUUGACACUCCUGAGCACGCUUUUCUCACACGGUUGCAGCAGGCACAGGCGGCGGUCUUUCCUCAUCUCACACUUGCUGUUAUCGUUGUUGACACGUACAGAGAUGCCCAGGCCACAGGUCUUGGAGCAGGGACUCCAGUGGGUGGUCUGGAUUAGGCAGUUCCUCUUCCAGGCUAAAGGAGGGUCCCUGUAACCUUUCAGUGUUACAGUUAAAGGGUACUGUGUCAAGCAAAGCACAGAUCAGAAUCAUUCCAACAAGCUGCUGUGUCUCCAUCAGAGAUGGGCAGUAAUGCAUUAAAAGUAAUGCAUUUCUGUAAUCUGAUUACUUUUCAAGUAACGAGUAAAGUAAGGGAUUACUGUUACUAUACCAUAAGCAUGCUGCGUUACUGAUUUUGUUUGUUAAUGUCUCAUGACAAUAGUGGAUAAUAUAGAGAUAUUAUCCACUGUUGAUCUGCGGCAGAGAGUACAUCCAUGCAGUGUUUAAGGCUUGGAAUUACUGACAUUACUUUGAGUUUGAUUCUGUAAAAAGUGACAUAAACAUUAGCGUCCGCUGUGCACUCUACGUGGGAAGAAAACUUCUUUCUACAGUGAAAAA